AGAUUACAUCAAAACCCAACACCCGGAUCAAUAGCUAUCAGCCUGUAUGUAUACCCUUACAUCGUGCCAGGUUUGGCCGAAAAUGGUAUUCACUCGAUCGCACCCGACAUAACAAUAUACCCAACCCCGUAUACAUAGUGACAUCCGAGCGGCCGUCCAUGGUCGACAUACGGGGUAGGCAUCUUUACCAAUAUAGGGCUAUCUGGCUGGUAACAAACGAAGAGGGGCCGCAUUGUCAGAGGAGAGAGGGCCACUCCAUACUGCUUCAGUAGGUACAAGUGGCCACUAUGAAAACUGUAAGGGGCUAGUAAAAUAUGAGCUCAAAGAGUAAAAAAGACAAGAAACGAAACAAGUUAGACCAACUUCUGCAUAUCGACCACAGCGACGUCUACUUUGAAAACGAAAGGUUAGACACAGAAUUAUCGCGAACGAUAGAUCAGCUAAGCAAGGACUUCCAUCGUGUGACUCAGCAGCAUGAAGUGGAUAUCACUGACCAGAAAGAUACCAUUGUCGCCCUUAAAGCAGUGCAAAGCACUUCAGAACAUCCGCUACUAGCCCCAUCUACCAACAAGCCCCGCCGUCCACGACCUAAACAUAAAAAGAAGAAAGAUUCAGACUCAGAGGACUCCUGGGGUGGUGAUUCUGACUCUUCGGAGGAUUUUGCAUACAGAAAACCAACUGGUAAAAUCCGAUCUCUUCCGAACGGUGGAAGGGAGGAAGAGGAGGACGAAAGACAGAGAGUUGCUAGGUUACGCCGUAUAAAUAAAAGCAGGAGAAAGAAAUUUCCGAAAGAGUGGUACACGUCUGUUCUCCCAGCGUCUGACGUCCCGAUUCCACGUAUUCGCAGACAGCAAUCAGCUCCGCCGGGAGCAAGGGGACAAAAACCUUCGACCAAUUCAAAUUCCCGGGCAAAAUCAUCAAAUCCAUUCUUUAGAACCAUGUCAACUACAACACUAUCAAGCCGUCCAGAAUCUGCGGGUGGUCUUAAGAUUAUAUGUAGCAAACCUGUAAAACCUGUUGUCAUGUCAUUACGAAAGCUAAAGGAAAUAUCUUAUAUAGACAAUUUUGCAGAUAGAAUACCAAACAAACGGGCCAUUCGACAGCAGGGGCUCCUACUAGCAACGAAAACACGUCGGGAAGAACUGGAUUAUGAAGUGAAAAGCUUCAUGAAGACAAUAGACGAGAAAAUUCUAAAAGAUGAAGAGGAUAUUAAAGAGAAAGAGACAGAAAAGGACUCUGAAUCUAUGUAUCCAGAUGUCUUGAUUCCACCUGAUCAACUUCCAGAAGUGCCCUCUUAACAAGAAAUAAAUGUGCAAGAGAAUGAUAUCAAGGACCGUACGUGUUUUGAUGAACUAAUAGGUCGUUUUACCAGCGUCAUGUGAACGUUUUUGUGUUAAGUGGAAUUUGGAAUGUUAUCAAUUUCAUGUAAACGUAAUUUUGUAAAAUGAAAAUAGUGUAAUGAACGUCAUGUGAACGUUUUAGUGUUCAAUGAACUUUAUGUGCGUGUGACCAACGCCAUGUGAACGUUUCUGAUACAAGUGUGUCUUGUUGCUGUUAAAAAAGAUUUAAUCAAAACAGCGCAACAGUGACCUGUGAUAUUAGCGUUAUUCUGUACAUUCUUGUCUAAACAUCACUUUGCUAUUGUUGACAGCAGUCAUAAUAAUGUGUUGUUUUGGACAGUAGGAUCACCAUGUGUUGUUUCUGUCGGUGGAUCAUCAUGUGUUGUUUCUGUCGGUGGAUCAUCAUGUGUUGCAGACAAUGAAAAUCAACUUUUCGCAAUUUCUCAAUGAAUAAAUACAUUUGUGAAAAAUACAUCACAAGGAUAUAGAUCUUGGUGUGUCGUUCGGUGCUGAUAGAUCCUAUAUAAACCUGUGUUCUGUCAAACUAAGGGUACAUUUGUCACGUAUAUACUUCUGUUAGUUAUAUUCAUGUACUCUAUGCGAGUUAUCGUAAACAUGGUGUUUGUUAGGUCAUGUUUGUCCAUGAGAAAAAAAUGAACAUUUUGUAUUGGUUAUUUUUGUUUAAUGUGAUCAGAUUAAAAAGAAAUUCAAUGAG